AAUUGUGAGUAUAGCUCAAUUUUAAAAGAAUCCGGGGCCCCGUGCAAAUGCACAUGCAGUAGUUAUCAUUACCAGUUUUGCUAAGAUUAAAUAAGUAAUUAUUUAAUAAUAGUGUAAUAUUUUGAGAUGAAUCAAAAUAUAAGUGACGCUGAGAUCUCGAGUUGCCAUGAGAUAGAAGAAACGCGCAGAGAGGCAGAAAGAGUAGCACUGGAGGCGCUGAGGCGCCGCGUGAACGACAUCAUACGCUUAGCUAUAGAAGAAGACGACGGGAUAGUCGGGGAGAGAGACGUGCUAGCCCUAGAGCUUGAAAACGAGCUUCGAUCCGAGAGCAGGUACAGCGAGUUGCUGAACGAGGCGCAGCAGGCCUCCCGCGAUCAGCUGCAGGUGAUGCUGGAGUUGCAGACCCAAUUAACAAAUGCUAACGUGGACACCGUGCACCUGCUCACGUCACUGCAGGAGCUUCGCGAACGAAACCACGCCACUCUCAGAGCCGAUCCUAUCUAUGCUCUGGUCCAAGAGGAACGCGAGAUGCAACAGAAGUUGGACGACAUGGGUAUUUACGUGUACCCGCCGACCGGCUCCCAAUUUUGCCAGUGACUCUGGCUACGUUUGAAGGUUCCAAGAGAAAUAUACCUACUAAGACAACCAUUGACAUGAAUAUCGUGAACAAUCCUUUGCUGUCGUAUUUUCUCGGAAACGUUGGUAUUAGUCAUGUUACUUCAGUCAACCUCAGUAUUUUUUUUAGGUAGGCCGUAAUUAAUGAAACAAAUACAACCUAGACUGUAAUUAAUAACAUUAACAUAUAAAACACCUACCUUCCUGUAGCUGCUCGGUGGCCUAUUUACUUUAAAGUCUUUCAUUUUAUUUUAUUUAGGUUUUUUAUUUUAACAAAUCCAAAUCACAAUUGUGUUGGCUGCUUUUGAUUUGUGGAUGGCUAGAAGAACGCGUGGCCCUCCUAAUAAAAUGGUAGAUCGCGUUUCUAGGAGUUAAAUGGUGUAAAGCGAUUAUUUGUAAAUAAAUAAAUAAUAAUUUUA